UCUUAUUUUAUUUUUUUUUAUGAAGGGGGCUUUUUUAUGUUGCUUCCUCCAGAAAUUCUUGAGGUUUCCUGAGAGAGUGUUUCAUACAACCAGGAGAGGGUUCAGUCUUCGUGUUUCCCCUUUGUGACGGCACGGUACAUUUCAUGCGAAAAGGGGGAGGAAGAAUCUCGGCUGCGCAGUUUCACCCCCUUUCUUUUUAAUGACUUUCCGUUUGAGUUGAAAGAAAUUGAUUUUGGCAAACAAAUCAUUAAUUGUAAAGCGUACAGUUCCUGUUUGCUAACACUGCCUGAAACAGCCCCUUUGCACGGAAAGCUCUUUAUAGGAAGGGGGAAAAAAAAUCCCCUUUCUGGAGAGAUUGCAAAAAGCUGUCCAAUUUCACACAGUAAAAAUCUUCCUGACUCAGUUUCUCGAUGGUAAUAGUUCUAGCUAAUAGCUUUAUAAGGUGUUAGGUAAAGCUCUUAAACCUUGGCAGGGCCUCCAGAGCUAGUAAACAAUUCAGCAGUUCUGAUUAAAUAUUUAUAUGCACCAACUUUUUAAAAAGAAGGAAAAAAAUAGCAUUUUUGUUGCAUGGUCACAUUCAGUUAAUAGUAGUAAUGCAAAGUUGCCUUAAUACAAAUACCACCAGUAGUCCAGAGUAUUAAGGUACAGAGGUUUUGACAGUGCAAAUGUUUAAAGCCAGGAUUUAGGGUUUUUUUUCUUUUAAACAGGGGAUGAAGGUGGGGAGGGUGGAGACUGUCCCGUACACAAUUUAAUGGGAAAUAGUGUCUUUUUAAAGAAAAUGCCAGAUCAUCUACAUGUAGAGUUUUUCAUUUUAGCAAAUAGUACAGUCUCCAGAUCUCCAUCUUAAAAGUAUUUCUGCUUUAGAUAGGCAUAUUGUAGGUGGUUAUCAGUCUAUUUAAAUAGUGUAAAUGUUCCAAAUCCUGGGCAGGUAUGGUACCAAGAGGGAAAGGAGCUGGAUGGGGUAUAAUUCAGGGUCACCAAAAAUUAGCACUGCUAAGUCUGAUUGUUCUGCAAUAGUUCACUGAUAAUUUGUGUGGUAAUUUAUUGUGUGUAACUACUCGGACAUCAAUAUUUGACUCCUUGUGUAUAUACAUUUACUUUUUUAGGUGAAAUUAGAUGCUACUGUGAUGCUGCACACUGUGUUGCAACUGGCUAUAUGUGCAAAUCUGAGCUCAGUGCCUGCUUCUCCAGACUGCUUGACCCUCAGAACACCAAUUCACCACUUACUCAUGGCUGCUUGGACUCUCUUGCAAGUACAGCAGACAUAUGCCAAACUAAACAGGCACAAAACCACUCUGGCACCACCAUGCCCACGUUGGAAUGCUGUCAUGAAGAUAUGUGCAAUUAUAGAGGACUGCAUGAUGUCCUGACUCCUCCCAAGGGUGAGACUUCAGGACAAGGAAGCAGAUAUCAACAUGACAACAGCAGAAAUCUUAUCACCAAGGUUCAGGAGUUGACCUCUUCAAAAGAAUUAUGGUUCAGGGCAGCCGUAAUUGCAGUUCCUAUAGCUGGCGGGCUAAUCUUGGUGCUGCUUAUCAUGCUGGCUUUGCGGAUGCUCAGGAGUGAAAACAAGAGACUGCAAGAUCAGCGGCAGCAAAUGCUCUCCCGUUUGCACUACAGUUUCCACGGACAUCAUUCGAAAAAAGGGCAGGUGGCAAAGCUAGACUUGGAAUGCAUGGUGCCCGUAACUGGUCAUGAGAACUGCUGCAUGACCUGUGAUAAAAUGAGACAGACAGACCUCAGCAAUGAUAAAAUUCUUUCACUGGUCCACUGGGGAAUGUACAGCGGACAUGGAAAGCUGGAAUUUGUAUGACCAAUUUUUUUUUUUUUUUUUUUUAUUUUUUUUUCUAAUCUGAGCUAACCUUACUAUGGGCCUUACUCUGGAAGGCCUUUGGGUUCUGCUGGACAGGAGCACUUUAUCUUAAAAAUGAAAACACUUAUUAAUCAUCUUUGAGAAACAAAGGACCUCUGGAAACAGAAUCUUGGAUAUUUCUUCUGAAGGAUUCCAAAAGUUGUCUUAUUUGCACAGAGUAAAAUACACUCAAAUGUAUUGUUUGCUUUAAAGUUAUGAAAGCAAAAAUUAGAAGUUGUAAACACUGUCACCAGGGUUAUCUGAGCUGUAGGGAGCUGAGAACUGAGUUAUAAUAAUAAACUGUAUGCAAGCUCCUAUGUUUCCUGACUUAUUGUAAAGGAUUUUUAAAUAUAUAUAUUUUGUCUGAAAACUUACUUGU